CAGGGCAAGAGGGGGGGGUCAAUACCCAAUGGUUUAUAUUAUAUCUGACUGUACAGAUGUUUGAUUGGGAGCUGCAACCCGCUGAUUACUACAGUUUCUUUAAACACCAUCUUCGAUGCAAAGUAUCAAAAUGAUAAAGUACCAAAAGGUUAGAACCUCAAGUAUGCUGAGGAAGACGUUUCGUUUUGCCCAGUCAUGAUCAUGAGAAAAAAAGGACAACUUUCAUGUAGACAGACGGACAUGAAAAAUCCACUGUGGCAAUAAAAAUUGAAAGGUUAGACCCUCCAUUAUUCUGAGGAAUAUGUUUAGUUUUGCCCAGUCAUGAGAAAAAGAGACCAUUUUAAUGUAGACAUGAAAAAUCCACUGUGGCAAUAAAAAUUCAUUUUUCAGUGCCUGGAACUGGUUCAUAGCUGGAAUCCAUCCAAGCAAGUGUCUAUAGUGUUGAGUGAGUGUUUGCCAUCUGCUGCCUGUAUCCAUGCACAUGUAGGUCCCAGCAAUAUGCUGAGGGAUGACUUCUGGCAGGCACAGAUAGGGGGACUGGGAAUGAGACGGGACAUGUCUGUGUAAGAGGCAGUAAAUCAGGCUGUACUGUGAAGUGGGACAUCCAGAGGCGAUGUCAGGAGAUGGAAGUGGAGACUUGAGUAGAAUAGCAAUGGGCAGGUCAAACCCUGUGGACUUCGGUGUGUACAGUAUCCAUGCAAAUACUUGCAAUUUAUUCAGGGUCACAGGACUGUGAAAAUUUAAAAAAUUGUUUAAAUCUUCACAAUAUUAAGUAUUUGAGUCUGGAGGUUAGGGACCGCUAUGAAUAUUUCCAGAAUUUCACAAAUUUCAGCUCUGACCUGCAUUUGGUUGUAAUACCAGUACUGGGGGCCAAAAUAUACUGUUUUUAAAUUGCCAAAAAAACUCAAUUAAAUCAUUUUUAAGGCAGAUAUGAUAAGAAUGAAAAACAUAAACGCCUGGGGGUAUAUCUACCCUUAUCCCAAAUUUCAGGUUAUUCGGUCCAGGAAUGAUAAACUCUGAGAUGAAUUGCUGUGAAGAUUUGACAAGAAAGAAUUCAAAAAAGAACCAGAAACAUUACGAAUACAAUAUAUUUCAACCAUACCGGUGGUAUGGCUAAAACAUAUUUACACCUAGCCUAGAAGAUGAUAUUAUUUUCUUUCAUUAAAACAUAAUUUCUUCAAUCCUUUGGUGCUGUAUGUUCAACUGGGCUCCUGGCUGGAUUAACAUCCUCUGAUCUUCUCAUUUAUUUGGGAAAUUACCUCAAGUCAUGAUCAUGUCACCUUUUGGAUAAUCAUGACGGAUAUAUAAAAGGUAAAAGUGCACACUUUAAUGGAGAAGAUACUGUGGUUAUUUGCCAAUACUUGUAUUUGGGAACUGUGCAGCACGAAGUGUUCAGCAUACUAAUAUACAUGCAUGUGCAGUGUACACGUAUACAUAUGUGGAAGGAAUUACAAUUACAUUCAAGUGGACACUAAGCUAAGGAGAAUGGCUAGUCGUUUAUUUUGACUUCCUUCUCAUCGUUUUAUCUCCCAUCUAGCCACACAAAUCCAUUACAUGUCCCUUGGUUUGGACACAUUGUAAGGUAAACUAUAAGAUUUCCACAUUGUGGAUUUAGCAAAAAGACAUCCUGAAAACAGAUCUAGAUGGCAAGGAAGAAAGCUUGAAUCUGUAUUUACUCCAUAGAAUUAAGUGUACCUGAACAUGGUCCCAGGCUCUUUGCUCAAUUGUUGUUUUUCCUUUCAAGCAUAUUUUUAAAUCCAACAACCAUUGAGUGAUGGCCAGACUUGAGGUGAUUUACAUGUAGGGUGGUGCAAAGGAAUAUUAAUGGUGUGCCUGAUUUUCAAAGAGAUCGGAUGGCAAAAUUUUCAGCAUUUCGAUGAUGCUUUCCAUCUGUAGCUGACAGUAUUUUCUGGAAUUACCAGCAUGCAACUUUGCAACAGGUCUCCCUCUGGCGGAGGUAAUCUAUAUCAUUGGUGCAUUAGGUCUGCCAGGAAGUGGGCCUAGCAUGUCAGUUGUUUUUUUAUGCAAAGUGUACAGCCAUGUGUGAUUGUACAUAUGGUUUGGUGUACAUAACACUCUUGGUAAACAGCAUAGAGAAACUUGGGUAUUAGCAAUGAUAAGCACCUUUGAUUUUCAUGAUAAGGAAUUAGCUAUGAUAAGCACAUUGCAUGAUAAUGAAAUUAGCAAGGAUGAUGACAUCAUUAUUCAACACAGAAUAUUUUGAUACAGAGAAUAAAUUAACAGCUACAUUGUACAUGUACUAGGUAACUACUGACUGUAGCAGUUAGGCCUUCAGCUGCAAUUCUGUCCUGCAGGAUUUGCAUAUGAUAUCAAGUAACACACACGGAGAGAGACGUAUGGUAAUACAUGUACAGAUGUGUAUGUUGCCAUGACAGCAGCCUAGUUACUGCCCACCAUAGGGCCUCGGGGAGCAUAAUCUCAUUACGCUGAUGUCACACAUAAUAAAUGCAGCAUAAUCAUCCGUUAGCAGUGUUGUUGUAGGAACCACACGGGCCAGACCGGUAACACAUCAUUAGAGCGGUCUGCCAUGGGUUUUUGUGUGGAGGUGGAAUCUUUAAUCAGGUGUUCAGUGGAAAUUCAUCCCAGUACAGCGCACUCCUGACAUGAAUACAAAUGAGCAGCCGUGAUCAAAGGCAAGUGGAGGGAGACAGGCAGUGACGUUCAUUUCUUCAGUGCACGGACGGUCUGUAGUCCUGUGUGUUGUUUUGCCAGGAGGAACUGAGGGAAAAAUGUGGAGCCCUCGUCAGGCACUGCUGGUUUUGGAUCACUUCAUCUGCAAGGAUGGCACCCCAGCAUACGACAUGAGACUGGUACAGUAGCCAGGACUCCCGUGUUGUUGUUACAUGCAGAACUGGCUGAAGUGAGAUUUUACCGGAGGCUUAGUCAGCAGAAUAUUGACUUCUCACCAACACAGUCAGAAUGUAAGAACUCUGCCUGUCUGGAUAACUGCUGCUGGGAGCUCGAGCUCAUGUUGUUUAGCACUAUCCCGAUGUGAUGUUUUCACCUAUGAACAAGAUUCGCUGAAUGAAAAUGGCCCCUGCAGUAGUGAGAUGUGUUGUGUUGGUGCUGGCUGUGACGUAUUGUACAGGGAAGGAAGGGAACUGUCCUACAGGCUGUAAGUGUAACCAUUCCCUCAAACUACUGACUUGUAAAGACUCCAGGCUGAGGAGGAUCCCUGUGGCCCCACAGUGGGAGGUCCACAGGAUGAUAUUCCGUGGGAACCAUGUAGAGAGGCUGACCACACAGAUGCUGGCCAGCUACCCCCAGCUACGAUAUCUCAGUCUGGAUUGGAACGAGAUUCAGGACAUUGAGGAAGGUGCUUUCCUAUGGCAGAAAAAAUUACAAGUGUUGCAUCUGUCUGGAAAUAGGAUUGGACAUGUGGCCCCGUCCAUGUUUGUAGGGUUGGAGAACUUGACCCGGUUAGAUUUGGAUGCCAACAGCAUCACCACCAUUCCCCCCGGCACGCUCCAGCCCCUGUGCAAAUUACAGAUUCUAACCCUGGUGGGGAAUGAUGUCAACUUACUGCCAGGGUCGGUGUUCCGUGACUUGCCGAAUAUCAGGAGAAUCGCCUUGUCGGGAAGAAAACUAUCAAGCUUGCCGACUGAAGCAUGGAGAAAUGUGGUGAGUCUCCGCACAUUACAUCUUGUUGAUUUUCCAAUGGAGAGGCUGGUGGGAAAAGCCUUCUCUGACUUACCGAAGCUCACGGGCCUUUUCUUAGAGCGAUGGGAGCAACUUUCCUUAAUUCCUGAUGACAGUUUUGUUGACAUGAACUUAACAGCACUAUCCUUAGCUGGAGGGAGUCUGAGCCACGUACCCGUCUGGGCCAUCAAUCAUCUAAUCUGGCUAACGAAGUUACGAUUAUCGGGCAAUCCAAUAACCAGUAUUCCCCACCGCGCGUUUGCCAACCUCACCAUGCUUCAGGCUGUACGACUAGACCACAUGCACUUAACUGAAAUCAGCAUUGGUGCUUUUGCCCAUCUCUCCAAUCUCAGAUUGCUGGACUUGUCAUAUAAUUAUUUGGUUUCGCUGCCCGUAAGGUCAUUCUGGGCACCAAUAUCUAUCCACCACCUUGUCCUGGCUGGAAAUAACUGGCAUUGCAAUUGUGAGCUGCAGUGGAUCUUGGAUGAAAUGGCAGGAGCUUUCAUCCAUCACACGUCCAAGCUGGUGUGUGAAACUCCAGCCCAUCUCCAUGGCAUUGACAUGCUGGAACAGCAAAGCUAUAACCUAACAUGCCAGGGGCCUCAGGCCCUCAUAACACAGGGACACAACAUGUCUGUGGCAGAGGGAACUCUGCUGCAGUUACAGUGUGUCACCGCAGGGGACCCCCUCCCCACGCUCUCGUGGUUCAGUCCAGCUAACACAAACCAUACAGCAGACCCACAAAUGAACAAGAUGGACUUUGAAACAAACACAAAAGGCCGGAGAUACCCCGUACUGGAAAAUAGAACAUUGAGCAUUCCAAAUGUUACUGACAAAGACAGUGGAGUAUAUACCUGCUACGUGGAAAAUGAAUUUGGAAGUGCUGUGGCGGAGAUCAGUAUUGUUGUCACAAAAUUGGGGGAACGGGAUAAAGACCAGAUAGACGGUUGGGAAAGUGAUUCAUCUGCUCUUGCUGACCAAGUGCCAAGUGACAGUCAUUUGAAUGCUGUGGAUGAUGAUGGAAUGGCAUCAGCACGAAGAUUGAAACAGCAUUCAGUAGUUCACAGGAUCAUCCAGCCUGCACUGCUGAAGGGGGCCCAGAGUGCAUUGGUGCCACAGUCACAAACACAACCACAAGGGUAUGUAGCUGGUGAUGACACGUAUCCGUAUGUAACAGAUAGUGAUGCAGUAGAAGAUGAUGUCCUGGCAGUGUAUGAUGAGGACAGUACGGGGAAGCCUGCUAACGGAAGUCGUAUGGGACAGGUAGACACUGGGUCCCUCCCUCAGAACUCCGUCAACCCCAUCAUUGUGGCCAGCCUGCUGGGAAGCGCCACGUUCCUGGGAGUUGUCGUGUUCUGUAUGAUCUUCCUUCUCAUCAUGAGCUGCAUUCGGCCCAGCCACCCCGAUCGGGAAGAAGCCGUGCACACGCCGCGUCGACAGCCAACCGCAGAGCAGAGCCAACAACAGCGCAGAGACAGCAACAUUACCAGCUCCAUGCCCAGCAAGAUGCAGACAAGAAUGGAGCUGUAUCAGCACGCAGAGAUCCUCCGAGGAUGACAUGUCAGGUAUUCACACGGAUAUCCUCCUGAGAACCAAGCCUGACUUACCCCAGCUUACGUAUCGGAGCACAAGAUUGUGCAGGAAUACCUACAAUGUACAGAUGUGCCCAUGGUAGCAAGGGAGACAAAAGACUGCAGAAGGCUGCAAGCCACUUGAAGAUAAUUUAACUAAAAAAAAUGACAAGCAAAGGAAAUGCUCUUAUUCCUUACUGUGCAAGAAAACAGGGACAGUAUAGUACAGCUGUCAGUCAGAGGUCACAUGACUAAAGAGACUACAAACACCAGAUUAAAGGCAAAAAAUGUAUUUGUGAAGAUAAACCUGCAAAAGGUCUGUUUUGUAUAUUUCAGUAGACUUGUAGCCCAGCAAGGAGUACUUUGUCUUUCUGUGCUUUUUUCUGUAGAAUAGUUUGAUACUGUCUCUAUACAACUAAUACUAGGAUUGUGUCUAAUUUUAUUGUUUAUUAAGUUGUUUGCUGCUCAUGCUAAAUGUAGAUUGCACAGAGCUUGUAGAGUAAAUCAUUCACAUGAUUACUACUGUAAAGUAGCUGUACAGAAGGUACAUGUACAUGUAACAAAACAUGUUCUUUGAUAGGAGUCAUGAACAUUUGGUAUCUCUAACUAUGGUUGUGCUGGACUUUCCUGUGGCUUUAAAUGGGGUAAUUUGUCAGAUGACAUUGUUAGCUAACUUACAAAUGUAUGUAAAAAUAAGAGCUGUAAGGGAGGACCUAAGAAACUGAUCAGAAUUUCACAACAAAGCCAGGUAAAAUCUUCUAUUUAGGGAUGUUAUCAAGAGUUGUCUGUUUCCUGAGGGAAAUGUGGAAAAUUCCCUUGUUUUCAGACUCCUGGAAGUUGCAGUUGUAAAGACAUUUCCAUGACUGUAUGUGUAUAUAAGUCACAUAGGCCAGGGUGCUGACAGCAGCCAUCUCAUUGGCUGGUGAUGAGUUGGAUAAACUUCAUCAGUACCAGUAACUACUGUAACUUAUCACUGCUCCUAGAUAACUGGAUUAGGCUGCCAAAGACAACUGUGAAACAUGUCUUGUCUUGUUUUCCACAUACUAGAUUAGUGAUGAAUAGUUCCAUGCAGUGAUUCUUGACUAGAUUGUGACAAUGCCAGACAUGGUUUGACUGUACUUAUGAAUCAAUAAUUAUAAUAAUGGGCAUAAGUAUAAUGUAGUGUGAAGAGACCAGCCAUUGUACAAUUUAUUGAAAAUGCCAUGCAUCUGAACAAGGUGUGAUCGGAGACAAAUGUUAUGCCCAUGACUUUAUCAAUACCACCUUGUUCGCUAUAUCAAGGGUCGCAAUAUGGUUGUUAGCCUCCAAAUUUGACCAACCACACAGCAGACAUCGUCAAUUGAGUUAAUUCUGCCCUGGCUGUCCCCCCCCUCCCCAAACAUACCAUUGAUCAAAGUUCCCCACACAUUAGGAUGUCUUUUCUGGCUGGUCCUUCACAGUUACAUGCCAUUAUUACCACCGAAGAUGCAAAUGAGAUCGUCCUCUGAUCAUCGGGCUUUGUGUAAGUCAUGUCUUCUCCAUAUACACAUGUAAACAGAAAUUCAGCAAAGUUUCUGUGCAAAAAUGGGUUACAUGCAGUCAGAUGAGAUCUAUUAGUGUGCUUAAUGUAAAUGUGUAACGGUAUGAAAUACCAAUAAGAGACUGGCAAGUCUCUCACUAAAUACCACAAGAUGACAACAAGACUUCACUUGAAAAUGAUGGUGGGGCCUGUAAACCAGGCGGACUUCAAUUAAUUUGAGCUAAAAGCAUUAGUAAAAUAGAAAAGAAAACACAUAAACUUUAGAAUCAGUAUGACAGUGCCAUGAUUAUUCUCUUGUCAGGGCCUCUCUGGGUUACUAGUUCAUGUGCACGGGAGAGCGUAACGUUAAUCGCAGACAUUACAGAGCUGUCCAGAGGAACUUUAUAGUGUCACCCGAUGGAUGACUGAAUUGAGACACUGUUUUGUUAUCAAUCAUUCAAUGGCGGAAAUUUGAACAGGAUGACAAAAAAAAUAUAUUUUUUGGAAGGAUUUUUGCAUCAAUGAGGAUUGGGCUGAUGAAAAAAAAUUGAGCUGGCUAGAGCCCUGGCGGUCAGUUUCGCCAACACAGAGCAGCAUGGCAAAGUCUCGAAAUGCAAUAAUGCAUGCCUUUUUUGGACAUGUGAAAACAGAGGGAUCAGUGCAUGGGGUCAUUUGGUGACUCAGUUUUUUAGGCCAAUAGAUGGAGAAGUACAAUGUACAUGUAUUAGCAACAUGGACCUUAGCAUGGACCUUGAUAUCUUCUGUGUGGUAAUGAAUUGACUGUAUACAAUGUUUUGUGACAGGCAUGUGUGUUACAAAUGUUGACGUUGUGCCCCAAACAAACCUACAUGACUCAAUUUGUACAGUCUGGAUAUUAAUGAUAACAACUUUGUGUCUGCAAAUGAUUUUCAUUCAUGAAUACAUGGGUGUUGAGAUAACUCUUUAGUUGUCAAUAGUAAUUUGUACACAGUAAUACUAUAUGUACAAACCACACGUUGUCUCUAUGUCAUUCAAUAAAACUAGGUGUACUAUCUAUUUUCAGCUUUCAAGGACAAUAUUCCUUCAGCCAAUAUGUAUUAUGUACCCAAGAAAGGCACUAUACACUUAGAACCAGAAAUUAAAUGUAAAGAGAAUCACAAA